AUGGAGGAAGACGUAGAGGCCUUCCAUUCUUUGUAUGAGAGGCUAUCCUUAUACUUGGUGGAAACAGAUGCCUAUGAUCGAGUCUCGACCUUAGAAAUUGUUAAUGAAGAGUUCACAGACCAAGAAGAGGAGGAAGAAGAGAUUCGGCUUGCUCCAGCGGCAUUGGAUGACACACCUCCGAAGGUUAGGGACCCUACUGAAAAGGUCAAUCUGGGAACAACUGAUGAGCCUAUAGAAGUGGCUAUCAGCACUUACUUAGAGCCUAGCGAGAAACAGAGGCUCGUUGAAUUAUUGCUGGAAUUCAAGGAUUGCUUUGCGGAAAAAUACGAGGACAUGCCAGGCCUAUCACCAGACUUGGUAUGCCACCAACUACCAAUGCUGCCUGAUAAGAGGCCUGUGAAGCAAGAGCCGCGAAGAAUGAACUCGGAGACCCAAGUUCUGGUCAAAGAGGAAGUCGAAAAGAUGUACAAGGCGGGCAUUAUCAGGGUAGCCAAGUACAAUAAGUGGUUGUCCAAUAUAGUGCCUGUUCGCAAGAAGAAUGAGGUUUACAUUGAUGACGUCGUCGUGAAGUCUAAGAAGAGUGGAGAUCACUUCACGGAUCUCAGAAAAGUUUUCGAGCGCAUGCAGCUACACAAGCUCAAGAUGAAUCCCGCCAUUUGCGUUUUUGGGGUUCAGGCAGGAGAUUUCCUGGGAUUCAUUGUCCAUCAAAGAGGCAUUGAGGUCCCUGAGGAUAAAGCAAACGCGGUCAUCAAUGCAUCUCCCCCGCGAACGAAGAAAGAGUUACAGCGACUACUGGGUAGGAUCAACUUUUUGCGACGAUUCAUUUCUAACUCUUCAGGCAAAAUCCAUCCAUUUUCCCCACUGUUGAAGUUGCAAGGACAGAAUGAGUUUGUGUGGGAACCUAAACAUCAAGAGGCUUUCGAUAAAAUCAAGGCCUAUCUGGCGAGCCCGCCAGUGCUUGUUCCUCCUAGAACGGGAUUUCCAUUAAAGUUGUAUGUUUCAGCAGCUGAGGCUUCCAUUGGUAGCCUCCUCGCUCAGGAUGAUGCAAAUGGUGUUGAACAUGCCAUCUUUUACCUCAUCAAAUAUAUGCUAUCGCGACCUAUCUUGAGAGGCCGUAUUGGCAAGUGGGUGCUCGCCUUAUCAGAAUUCUCGCUACAGUAUGUGCCACAGAAAGCAAUAAAGGGGCAAGCCAUAGCAGACUUUCUGGCACAUCACCCUAUGCUGGAUGUCCCCGCGGUUAGAGAUUUAGAGGUCGCUGCCACAACUUUAGAUCGCUCAGAUUUAGCGUGCUUGCCAGAGUACCCCGCGCUUUAUCAAGCCACAGUCUCAUUCCAGCCUUGGGUGUUAUAUUUUGACGGGUCAAGAACAGAUACGUUAGCAGGAGCAGGGGUUGUCUUGGAAAACCCAACCGGCGAUCGAUUUUCCUACUCUUUCCAGUUGGAGUUCCAGUGUACCAAUAACCAAGCAGAGUAUGAGGCCCUCAUUAUAGGCCUAGAAGUACUACUAGAAAUGGGAAUCGGAGAUGUACAAAUACUUGGCGAUUCUCUCUUGGUUAUCAAUCAGUUGUGCAAUGAGUUCAGAUGCAAUAGCUUCACGUUGGUUCCUUAUUGGAACAGGGCAUUAGACUUAUUGGACCAGUUUGAUAACAUACAUCUUGAGCACAUUCCUCGCGAGCGAAAUUUUGCAGCGAACGAGUUGGCCCAGCUGGCAACAGGGGUAACAUUGAGAUAUGGCGUGCGGGAGAGAAUCCUUAAAGUCGAGCGUCGCACACUCCCUUCAUGGAUGACGAGAAGAGAUCCUCCAGAUGAUACCUCAGUCGCGACCCUGGAACCCAUUGACGUGGAUUGGCGCAUCCCUUUGAUCGCUUAUCUCAAGCAGCCAGAUCCCACUGCCGACAGGAAGAUUCGUUUUCUUGCACUAAAUUACUUUCUUAGAGGUAACGAGUUGCGACGACGCGGCGAAGAUGGCAUAGACUUCAGAUGUGUUUAUGGCUGCGAAGCGAAACAACUCAUGCGCGAAGUUCAUUCCGGCAUUUGUGGGGCUCACCAAGCAGGUCCAAAGAUGCGAUGGUUGCUCAGACGACAUGGAUAUUUUUGGCCCAGUAUCUUGAAGGAUUGCAUCGCAUUCGCUAAAGGUUGUUUGGACUGCCAAGCUCAUGGGCCGGUCCAGCAUCACAAGUUCAUCAUCGUCGCGACCGAUUUCUUUACAAAAUGGAUCGAAGCAGAACCUUUGAAAGAAGCAUAUGGUGGUGCGUUGCGACAAUUCCUAUUUAGGAACAUCAUAUGCAGAUUUGGUAUCCCAGAAGUUUUUGUUUCGGACCGGGGGGCAUCUUUCAUGGGUGGUGAAGUUGAUAAACUGGCAAAGGAAUGGGGAAUACAGUUCAUCCAUUCCAGUCCUUAUUAUGCUCAGUCUAAUGGUCAAGCAGAGGCCAGCAACAAAAUCACCAUCACUUUGCUGAAGAAAAUGUUGGAAGCUAAUCCGCGACAAUGGCAUGAAACCCUUUAUGAGACUCUUUGGGCCUACCGCACAUCGAAGCGAAAUCCCACCGCGACUACACCUUAUGCUUUGAUGUUUGGCCAUGACGCAGUCCUGCCUUUGGAAGUCAACGUCCAAUCAUUACGAGUCCAAGAGCAACAUCAUCUCAUUGGAGAAGACUACGUUCAGGCUAUGUGGCAGGAACAUGAAGACCUUAGCGAAAAGCGCUUGGAGGCUUUAGAUAGUUUGGUCAUGGAAAAGCAACGAGUCGCUCGAGCCUAUGACAAGCGAACGAGGGGAAGGAAUUACAGCGAAGGAGAGUUGGUUUGGAAAGCAGUUCUCCCGCUUGGCGAAAAAUUAGAUGGUCGCGGCAAAUGGACUCCAAGAUGGGAAGGCCCGUACAUCAUUUAUAAAAUCUUAGGGAAAGGAGCUUUUCAUCUCAAAGACCUGGAUGGAGAUGUCCAUCAUAACCCUAUCAAUGGGAGAUACUUGAAGAAAUACUUUCUCAAUGUCUGGGACUCAGAGGAGUCGGAGACAAUUUAUUAG